GGCUCCCCGGGAACGCGCCGCACGGUCUCGGCUGCGGCCGGCUUAGGGCGCAGCGGGGGGCGACCUUUGUGCGGGGCGGGUCCCUGGCAACCCCCCGCCCAGACGCGCUGCUACAGAGGAGCCGAGCGCACUGGAGGCCACGCCAGGGCCGAGCCGGGGUCCCGGCGCCGCCGCUAUGGACAUCCCGCCGCUGGCCGGCAAGAUUGCGGCUCUGUCGCUCGGCGCCCUCCCGGUGUCCUACGCGCUCAAUCACGUCUCGGCGCUCUCGCACCCCCUGUGGGUGGCACUGAUGAGUGCCUUGAUCCUGGGCUUGCUCUUUGUGGCCAUCUACAUCUUGUCUGGUGGCGAGAUCUCCUAUGAUCCGCUCUAUGCUGUCUUUGCACUCUUUGCCUUCACCUCUGUGGUGGACCUUAUCAUCGCUCUCCAGGAAGAUGGCUACGUGGUGGGCUUCAUGGAGUUCUACACCAAGGAGGGCGAGCCAUACCUGCGAACAUCGCAUGGAAUCUUCAUCUGCUACUGGGAUGGCACGGUUCACUACCUCCUCUACCUGGCCAUGGCAGGUGCCAUCCACAAAAGGAAGAGAUACCGGAACCUUGGACUCUAUUGGCUGGGAUCCUUUGCCAUGAGCAUCCUGGUGUUCCUCCCAGGAAAUAUUCUUGGCAAAUACAGCUCAGAGAUUAGACCUGCCUUCUUCCUUGCCAUCCUCUACAUGCUGGUCCCAUGCUGGGCUGGCAGGAGGGUCUUCAACCAGUCCCGGGCCCCCACCUGCUGUACCCCCAAUGUGGUGCAUGAAGAGCAAAGGAAGGGCCUUCUGCAACGCCCUGCUGACCUGGCCCUCGUCCUAUACCUCAUCCUUGCUGCAUUUUUCACCCCUUUUCCGGGGCCUGGUGGUGCUUGACUGCCCACAGAUGCCUGCUUUGUUUACAUCUAGUAUGAGCCAUACCUGCGGGAUCCUGUGGCCUAUCCAAAGGGCUGUGCCACCCGCCACCUCCAGAUGCUGAUGUAUAUGUUCUACUUACGUUUGCCCUUCUACGGCCUGGCUGCCUAUGCCCUCACCUUCCCCGGUUGUUCCUGGUUACCUGACUGGGCCUUGGUGUUUGCUGGAGCCAUUGGCCAGGCACAGUUCUCACACAUGGGCGCUUCCAUGCACCUGCGCACACCCUUCACCUACCGUGUGCCAGAGGAUGCCUGGGCCUGCUUCUUCCUGUGCAAUCUGCUGUAUGCGCUGGGCCCUCACCUGCUGGCCUACCGCUGCCUGCGCUGGCCAGCCUUCUUCCUACACCCACCGCCCCCGGGUGCCCUGGCCCACCACAGGAAGCAGCAAUGAGAGACUGUUUACAUGCAGUUGGCCCUGCCUGUGGGUCACCUUUUUUAGCAGCAGGAGGCACAUCUCUGGGGAUCUUCAGCCCUAGCUAUGGUGGUUCCAGGCUAGUGGGUGGGAUGGGAGACUAACGGCCAGGUGCUCUUACACAGAGAGCCGCACUCAGCCUCACUGCUCCCCCAGAGGAGUCUUCUGCGGCCUCCCAGAAUUUACCUCCCCAUGAGUCCUUUAAUAAAAACGCUUUUGGUGUCUAAAACGUCACUGUCUGAGUGUUUCAGGGUGCUAGGGCAAGGAACCCUCUUCUUGGACCCCAUGGGGACCCAACACUCACUGCCAUCAUGGCUGUGGGGAUCCUGUCGGCCUCUGGUUGGUGUGUGCAGCUCCAACUUCCAGAUGGGAAAACUGAGGCUCGGAAUGGAUGAGAGACCUGCCUGAAGUCACGAUCAGGAGAAAAA